UGUUUCAGCUGUGUUGUUUUGCUUGCAGAUCAGCAAAAAACCACAGUGAUUGAAAACGGUGAAAUCAGAUUUAAUGGAAAAGGAAAAAAGAUUCGGAAGCCUCGAACCAUUUACUCUAGUCUACAACUCCAGGCUUUAAAUCAUCGCUUUCAGCAGACUCAGUACCUGGCACUUCCAGAAAGAGCUGAACUGGCAGCUUCAUUAGGACUUACCCAGACACAGGUGAAGAUCUGGUUUCAGAACAAGCGCUCCAAAUUCAAGAAGCUGCUGAAGCAGGGCAGUAACCCCCACGAGAGCGACCCUCUGCCCGGCUCCGCUGCCCUCUCCCCUCGCUCUCCAGCUCUGCCUCCAGUCUGGGACGUUUCAGCCUCUGCCAAGGGAGUCAAUAUGCCUCCAAACAGCUACAUGCCUGGCUAUUCUCACUGGUAUUCUUCUCCACAUCAAGACACAAUGCAGAGACCACAAAUGAUGUGAAUUGUCCAAGAGAAAUAAUCUCCCAAGAACGCCUCGUCUCGACAUGGCAAGAAGUUCCCCUGCUUUGCCAAGCCGUGCCAGCUAACAGGCUCUGUGUGAACUUGUAGAUGCGGCAAAGAGACAGAGUGGCUUUAUUUUUUUUUUUUUUUU